CUCCCCCCUCCAUAAUCAAAGAAAGAUGAAGACUUUGAGUUCUUCAACACCAACCCUUUGAAUUUUUCACGGAUUCUUCCAUGUAUCCAAUCCUCAAACAUUGAUUGUACUUUGAUUACUACAUUUAUGCUAUUAGAAUUUUCUUUUAAUGGUUGGAGUUUGUUGUUAGGUUUUGGUGUUAUGCUAGAAGUUCAGAAGAAGUAAAAAGUGGAUCUUCUGUAUUCUAACAUGGAUAAAGGAAAAUCAAAGGUAAUUGAAAGGGAGGCGGACAAGUGUGAGAAUCCUGCGGACAAGUGUGAGAAUCCUCCUCUGAGAAAAGAGAAGGGUUAUGGAUCAUCUUCUAGGCAAAGUGAGGUUACUGCCAAUAGGACGGAACAGCCAGUGAAAACAUUGAUGCGCGAAGUUGAUGACUGUGAGGAUGAUGAAAUGUUUUAUCCUGAACUACAAGAAGCAAAUAACAUCUUCAAGGCGGUCUACAAGGAACUUAUGACCAUUGCUUUUGAAGCAAAUUAUUAUGUUGAGGCUGUUCCAGCAUUAGGUUCAAUCGAGGAGUUGCAGAAAGUGUUCCGGAUUUCACCUCCAUCUGAUUGGAGACUUGAAACUACCACUGAGACUGCCAUAGUUCCAAUUUCUGCACGAUCGUUAUGCAUGAAUAUGAUGAAUCUCGAUUCAUGGCAUGCCUCAAUGUCCCAUAUUUUCCACUAUGUGGGUGGCUAUAUCCCAGAUGGUGUUUUCAAGCACUUGAAAGAUGAGGAUCCUUCAAUUCUGCAUGUAGAAAUGGUGAAUGCAGAAUUUCAAUUACCUACACCAUUUGCAGCAGUGAGGAAAUUCUCCUUUUUAAGAUUCUUAAAAGAGAUCAUACCAGAUGAGUUAUGGGCCAUUAUUGAUGUGUCAAAAGAUUACUUUCAGCAUAUAGAUAUGGAUUACAUGUUUGAAGGGAAAUGUCGAAGGAGGCCAUCAGGGGUCAUAAUCAGGGCCCGUGAUGAUCAUUCUGAGAUCAUAUGGAUUGAGAAUGUGGAAGUGCCCAUGCUGUCUCAAUUUCAAGACAAUAUUUAUUCUGCAAUAAUCAAUUCAGAUGUGGCAUUCAGUGCAAAGCGCUGGGUUAAUGCAUUUUUAUGGAAUUUGAAGCGAUAUCAAAGCGCAUUUUUUAUUCAAGAGAUAAAAUGGGGACGCCCAUAUUAUUUGUUUUUACUAUCAUUGACAAAGAACAUGAGGCUGGACUUCAUGAAAUGUCUGAGGGAAUCUCCUGAUGAUAGAGACUGGACGCUUCUAACUGAUCAUGGGAUGAGGAUAAUGCAGGAUGCCACGAUGAGAUCUCCUGAAGCAUGCAAGAUAUGUGGUUACAUUUCUGUGGUCAGCUUCCGAAUUCAAGCCAAACCCCACCUAGUUUUUCAGUACCUUGUAAAAAAGAAUCGACAAUUACAGUGGCAUCUGUUUCUUGAUGAGAAUGAGGCUAAAGAAGUCCUCAGGUUUGCUGCAGACGAUGAAAGCUACCUUAUUACUCUACACCAGAGAUCUAUCAUAACAGAAAACAGUUGCGGGAGUGAAGAAUACAUAUUGCAAGAGGCUUCAUGGGAUGGAUUUGGCUACUUGAUCAUAUCAGCAAUCAUGAAUCAGGCAGAUGUUUUCUGUUCUCUCAUUGCAGGAUACAAGGAUGUUGACUUGAAGCCUUCGGGUUUUGCAAUAGUGCCUGAUGGAUCUGAUUCCUCUCUAGUGACCUUCUCCCUCCAAGAAGUUCUUCAAGUUCCAGACACCCAUACAGGAAUUAGAGUCAAAAGUUGUGUCGCGAAGAGAAUCAUUUCAGAGAUAAUAGAAGAGAUGGCUGAUGUAGUAAAAUCAGCAAGUUAAGCUUUGGGAUUGCUUGAUCCCUGAAAUCACAGAUUGUUGCUUCAUUAUACACUACUAGUGUUGUUUUGAAUCGAUUGAAAAAGGUAUAUUGAUUCUUAGACACCAUCAUAUCCAGUUCAAGUUGCUUGUGAAAAAAAAAAUAUUUAGAUGAAAUAUUUGAUGAUUGUGAUUC